GAUGCGGCAUUUCUUCGCUUCUCACGCUAUCCCCCUUCCCUCCCACUCUUGAACUCGGCCGCACCCGCCAAUUGCUUGUCAACUCAUCCCUUGCUAAGAGUUUCCGUUGCAAUGUCUUUUGUUCGUGCGGCGUCGCGGCGAAUGCCGCUGGCGAAGAGACUGGUCUCUGCGGUUGAGUCACCAAUGCAGCGCCGGUAUGUCUCUGCGACUUUGAAAGCUCAGGCUGGUGUAUCUAACAAUGUGAAGGGUGCCGUUGUUACUCCUGACCCCGGUGCCGACUCCGUCUCCGCAGCUUUUGUCAACGAGCGCGCGCCGUACCUUGUCCCUACCUACGUCCGCCCGGCCCCGAUCAUGGUUAAGGGACAGGGGUGUUAUUUGUGGGAUAUGGAGAACAGACGGUACCUCGAUCUCACAGCAGGAAUUGCCGUGAACUCCCUCGGUCACUGCGAUCCCGAGAUCUCCAAGAUCAUCGCCGAGCAGGCCGAAACCCUUCUCCAUGCCUCCAACCUGUAUCACAAUGCCUGGGUUGGCGCUCUCAGCAAAGACCUCAUCAUCCUUACGCGCGAGUCGGGAGCCAUGCGCGACGCUGCCCAAGUUUUCAUCGCCAACUCCGGCACCGAGGCCAACGAGGCCGCCAUCAAGUUCGCCCGUAAGACCGGACGCGCCCGCGAUCCUUCCGGCGCAAAGCACGAAAUCGUUUCCUUCCACAACUCCUUCCACGGCCGUACAAUGGGCGCCCUCUCCGCGACCCCGAACCCGAAAUACCAGACUCCCUUCUCACCCAUGCUCCCCGGGUUCAAAUACGGCAAGUACAACGAUGUUGCCCAGCUGAAAGAUCUCGUGACCGAGAAGACCUGUGGUGUGAUUGUCGAGCCCAUCCAGGGCGAAGGUGGUGUCAACGUUGCAACACCCGAGUUCCUCUCUGCCCUUCGCAAGCGCUGCGACGACGUCGGCGCCGUCCUGAUCUUCGACGAGAUCCAGUGUGGUCUUUCUCGCACCGGCAGCUUCUGGGCCCACGCCCAUCCGUCUCUCGUCCCGUCCUCCGGCGAAGCUGCACACCCUGACAUCCUCACCACCGCCAAAGCCCUCGGCAACGGCAUCCCCAUCGGCGCAACCAUCGUUUCUGGAAAGACUGUUGCGGACAACAUCAAGGCCGGCGACCACGGCACCACUUUUGGCGGCAACCCUCUCGCCUGCCGUGUAGCCCACCAUAUCAUCCACCGCCUGGCCUCGCCUGAGCUACAGAAAUCCGUCCAGGAUAAGUCCGCCAUCCUGGUCGCUGGCUUCCAGGCGCUGCAGCAGAAAUACCCUGAUCUUGUCUCUGAGGUGCGCGGCCGCGGCCUCAUUCUUGGCCUGCAGCUGUCGAAAGACUUCUCCGCCAGGGCUGGUGAGAUUGUCACUGCCGCGCGGGAACGGGGCAUGCUCAUCAUUACAGCUGGAGAGGGAUGUCUGCGGUUUGUUCCUCCAUUGACGAUUACAGAGGAGCAGCUGAAGACUGCGCUAAGGAUUCUGGAGCAGGCUUUUGAGGCCGUGAAGGCUUAA